GUGUUCCUGACGGCGUUUCCAUGGUGCUGGCGGUAAAUAAACGGUACAGGAAUAACUGCUCGGAGCAGCAACAUCGUCAAGAUGCCACCCAAAAAAAAGAAAGGAAAAGGAGGCAAGAAAGCAAAAACGCCAACGGUGAUCGAUGGCCUUUCUACAGAGGAAAUGUCCAAGGAGCAGUUGGAGGAGCACAUUGUUCGACUGCGUGAAGAACUUGACAGAGAACGAGAAGAACGGAAUUAUUUUCAGCUUGAACGUGACAAAAUCCACACUUUUUGGGAGAUCACAAAGCGACAACUGGAGGAGAAGAAAUCAGAAUUAAGAAAUAAAGAUCGAGAAAUGGAAGAUGCAGAGGAAAGACACCAAGUUGAAAUUAAAGUCUAUAAGCAGAAAGUCAAACAUUUAUUAUAUGAACAUCAGAACAACCUUGCUGAGUUGAAGGCAGAGAAUACAGUAGCCAUGAAACUGGAGCAAAAAGAACAUCAUGACCAAGAACAUGAUAUACUAAACGAUAUCAGAAACUUAAAGGUGCAGCUGAAGGAACAAGAACUCUCCAAUCAAAACAUGGUGAAAACAUUGAAACUGAAAAAUGAUGAAGAGAUUACAAGAUUGUGGAAUGACUUUGAGAAACAAUCACAAGAUAUCGAAGUCAAGUAUCAAAAGAAGAUGGAUGUGCUGCGUGAUGAGAUGGAAUUGAAAAGAAAAACAGAAAUUCAUGAAAUUGAAGAAAGAAAGAAUGGUCAGAUCAAUGCCUUGAUGAAAAACCAUGAAAAAGCAUUCAGUGAUAUCAAAAAUUACUACAAUGAUAUUACUCUUAACAACCUUGCACUAAUUAACUCAUUGAAGGAACAAAUGGAGGAAAUGAAGUUAAAAGAAGAACGAUUAGAAAAGGAAAUGUGGGAGGUUCAGUUUCAAAAUAAGCGACUGACAGAGCCACUGCACAAGGCAAAGGAUGAGGUGACAAGACUUAAUAAACUAUUGGCCAACUAUGAACAAGACAAAGGUUUUCUUUCUAGAGCUAGAGCAAAGCUUAACCUUAUGGACAAAGAAAUGAAGCAGUUCAGGUGGGAGCACGAAGUAUUGGAACAGCGUUUUUGCAAGGUUCAAGAAGAACGGGAUGACCUGUAUAACAAAUUUGACAAAGCCAUUCAGGAGGUUCAACAGAAAACUGGCUUGAAGAAUAUAAUCCUUGAGCAGAAACUUACUGUCCUGUCUGAAUGCCUAGAGAAGAAAGAAGCACAACUGAAUGAGGUCCUCGCUGCUUCCAACCUUGACCCCACUGCACUCAGUAUGAUCAGUCACAAACUGGAGGAUGUCCUGGACUCCAAGAACAAUGUUAUAAAGGACUUGCAGUAUGAACUGGCUCGGGUUUGUAAGGCUCACAAUGAUUUGCUGCGAACAUAUGAAGCAAAACUCACUGCAUUUGGAAUUCCAGUAGAUGAACUUGGAUUCAAACCACUAGAGACUGCCUUUUGUGGACAGAAGAUCGGUCAGGGCCCAGCUGGGCUGGUUGCUGCUUCAACAUAGGUCUGAGUUAUAAAUUACACAUCCUAAAGACAUGUGGAAUACUUGGUUAUCAAUAAAUAAGUUUGGUAACAUUCCUAAUUAUGAUGUGAUACAAACUGCUCUGGCAAAACCUGUUAGGGGAUUUCUUGUAGAAAUAUAUAGAAACUAGAAAUUAAUGAAGUGAAGUUUGUAAGUACUUCAUGGCUUUAAGACCUGCAAAUUUUAAAAAAUAAGAAUGAAUAUUUAAUUAUACAUUUAGGACCGAGCACUUGCCUCAUCGUAGUAAAAUCAGCUUGGAUUCCUGUAUACCAGAAUAAACAUUCAAUUAAUUUGAGCAAUACAGAAUACAACAUUUUUACUGUUAACAUCAAGAUUUCGCUGAUUACUUAAUUGUGUACAGAAAUGUGAUAAUUUCCCGCUAUCUUACCUACCUCAGUUCCAUUCAAUGCAGCUGAAACAUUCAAAUAUUCUAUGCGCACUUAUCAUGUUUUAUAUGCAUAGCUCUAACAUUCUGUAAAAAUAUA